AAUACAAAAAUCAUCAUCAUCAUCAGAUGAGUUGUCAACACGCAGGACGUCCUCCACGAGACGGGGAAUGAAAAACACCUUGUCUGACACCUUCGCCUACAGAUGGACAGAACACCCUGCCCUGUCCAUGUGAAUGUGUUCAAGGACGCCUCCCUCUUCGAUGCCUUAGCCUCAACUGCAAUCAUGGCUACCUGAGAGCAGGGGAGUACACAUGAGCUCCCUUAUGUGGGGGGCUCAGUGGUGAGGAAAAGCUCCCCGAUGCUCACUUAUCACUGGGACUGAAGUGCAGGGAAAACUGCCUGACUGUAUUAACAAGGGAACAGUUUCUGCAAUAUUUUAUGUCUGCUGUGUUAAUCUUAAUACCUCCUACGUAUGUUUUUAUAAGUAAAAGCCCUUAGUGGAAUAGAAAAGUGAAAGGCUUAAUUACCAUCCAUUUGUGUAGUUAUAAACAGUACAUUACUAAAAUUUUUUUUUUUUUGUUUGUGUGUGUGUGUGUGUGUGUGUGUGUGUGUUAAUUAUGAAACAUUAAUGGAAAGCAGAAAUACCAUAUAUAUGCAAGUUAAAUUGAAAGUGCAUUCACGAUACAUAUCUGUGCAUUAGUGCAAAUACAGUUCAAUGGUUAAACAAGUAACUCAGUGUGCCAACUCGUCGUCUUUCAUAUUCAAGGCUGUGAAUUUAACAAAUGUAUAUUUUUGCUAUAUUUUUUAACAAAGUUCUAUGACAAGAUGGUGUAUUUUGUAUUUGACAACAAUAGUGCAUAGAAUGUAGUUGCAGAAAAUAGUCCACAAGCAUCAUUAUAUGAAAAAUUAUUGCCCGGGAGAAUCCUGACAAUCUUCUACCAGUUGGUGAAGAUUGUGGCUGACAAUGGGCCGCCAUGAAGACAACGAAUGCACACAAGGGUGUCGGUCCCGGCAGCAUGGGGCCCAAAUCACAGCAGCAAUUAUAAGAGGCACUGAGACCCAGGCCAUUGCUUAUUUGAAGAACCUAUGUCAGCGCUGCUACUCAGUGACUGACACUACAGGGAAGACAGCUCUUCAUACUGCAGCUUCCUGUGGCAAGAGAAAGGUUGUUAAAUGGCUGGUGUCUCAGGGUGCUCCUUUGAACCAGAGGGACUGGGAAAGUGGCUACACUCCUCUGCAUCGUGCUCUCUUCCAUGGCCACAUUGAUGCCGCCUGCACGCUCAUUCAGGCUGGCAGCAGCACCUCCACCUUAGACAAUGAUGCCCUCACACCCUUGGAUCAUGUCAGCUUUGAUCGGGCCCGCUCCAUAUCCUUCACAUCCUCCCUGCCAACACAUGUAUAUCUCUGGGGAAACAAUGCAAAUUUUAAUUUGGGACAGGCCAGUCAACAUGCUCGAGGAACUCCAGAAUGUUUAGACAGCUUCCAUCGUGAAGGCCAAAAGAUUUAUAGUGUGGUACUCAAUAAGUUUCACACCUUAUUUCUGACCACAAGUGGCCGAGUUUACACUUGCGGCCAUGGGCAGGGUGGCCGGUUGGGACUGGACACCGAUUCCCCAGUCAUCACCCCACGCCCCAUCAAGGCUUUCACACACACCAAUGUAACCAGAGUUGCUAGUGGGACACAUCACUCACUCUUCCUGACAGACUCAGGACAGGUCCUGAGUUGUGGAAGUAACUUCUACCAUCAGCUGGGUAUAAAUCCUCCUCCAGAGCAUAUCUACACUCCAAAAGUCUUAACAUGGCACAAGGACCACAAGGACACAAUCAUCACAGGCAUUGAUGCAGGAAAAUAUCAUUCUGUCAUUUGGACAUCUCAUGCAUUGUACACUUUUGGUCUCAAUGCAGGCCAGUUGGGACAUAUCAGGAAUGCCAAUGAAUGCACCAUUAUCUCUCCAAGGAAUGUUACAGGCAUUGUUUUGAAAGAAGAUGGAAACCUUACCUGUGUAGGAGCUAGUGAUGGAGCCACUGUACUGUCAACAUCAUACGGUGCUAUUUAUGUCCUUCACCAAUAUCAGAUCCGCAAAGUGGCAUCAAAGAUGCUUGGAGUUGUGAAGGUGGCUUGUGUUGGUGGUCACCUUGAUUCUAAAGUUGGUGCUAAGGGCUUAAUAGAACAUGGAGGGGAUGACCUGAAAAUUGCAGUUCUCACAGGAGGAGGAGCUCAGCACUUAUACUUGUGGACAGAACAGUCCUCUCAUCUCUCUCGGUGUACAUUCACCAUCAGUAGGGAAAUAAGUGUUGCUGAUUUUUGUAUGAGCUCCCAGUGUCUUGGGAUUGUGACAAGUAAUGGAGAAGCCUUUUCUGGUGUGAUUUUACCUGCUCGAAUGCAGAAGGGUAAUGGAAAACCCUUAUUGCGCAAAUCUCUCUGGACCUCAGGGAACAUUACAGAUACUUACUACACUACUUCUCUCAUUACUUUACGGGUCACACGAAUCCCUGGUCUGCAUCGCACUUUAUCCAUCAUGUGUGAUCCCAAAGGCUUAAACUUUGCUGCAUUACAGAAUGAACCAUGUAGCUUUCUCUCAAAUAUUCCUGAAGUGAGUCAAAGUACUCUCAGGAAUAAUUUCAACACUUUAUUGGAAAAUGCAUGUGAAGCUGACACUAUCCAUGAUGUGAUAAUAAUUUGUGGGAAGCAGAGAUUUCCUGCCCAUUCAUACAUUCUUGCAGCACAUAGCCACUACUUCUGCCGUAUCCUCCUUCAAGAUACAACAAAUGCAAAUUUUGAAGGCAAUCAGAAUGCCUGGAAUAUUAAAAAUGAAUCAGAGGCAAAGUGCAUAACUCUUACUGAUGUCCAACCAGAAGCUUUCCAAGAAGUUUUGAAUUUCAUAUAUACUGGUUCUUGUAAGCAUGGCUUGCCCAAAAAUGCUACUAAUUCUGAAAAAAAUCUAAAUGAUAUAAAUGGCAAUACUUCUGACAUAAAUUAUUGGGAUUCAUAUGGUAAUUUGAACAAAAAGUCAGGUUUCUCAGCAAACCAUGAAAGUGAAGAAAUCAAAGUGACAGAAAGAUCAAAGAAGAGAAAAGGAAAAAGUACUAUGGCACCUGCAGACCUCUCACAGGGUAUUCUCUUCUUGGCAAGGAAGUUGGAAAUACCAGCACUUGAAAAGACACUUGCAUACUAUAAAAAGCUGGGUGCAACUAGUGAAGAAAUGAAUAUCCAUUUAAUUAUGCAUGAAGACUCACACACUUAUUCCCGGGAAAGCCUACCAGAACUUUGGGAUGUUACAGUGACUAGCAAGUCUGGAGAUGCCAUCAGAGCCCACAAAUGUAUUUUAGCAGCAAGAUUAGAAUACUUUAACAUUAUGUUUGGCUCAAGAUGGAUGGGGACAGCUGCAUCAGAGUCCAUAAACAUGCCUCUCCCCACCAGUAUUCUGACUAUAAUUCUGGACUAUCUGUAUGAGGAUGAUUCACAGAAGCUGAAACAGUGCCAUGAUAUUGAAUUUCUGUGUAAUGUUUUGGUGGUGGCUGACCAGUUUUUGAUUACAAGAUUACGAGAAUUGUGCGAAAGUAUUAUUGCUGGCCUGCUGACAUUAAAAAAUGCUGCAGAACUAUUAGAAUUUGCAGCAAGAUACAAUGCAGUGGGACUAAAGACAACUAUAAUGCAAUUUAUAUGCCAAAACUUAGUUGCACUGUUGGAGAAUGGGACACUGUUGUCUUCAGUGAGUCAAGAAAAGCUUCAGGAACUGAGUGAAUAUUACAGAAAUAUUAAUGACUGCAUGUCAUAUCGCAUCAUGACACCUCAUGAUGCUUCCCCAGACUCAGAAGAACUACAGAGGGUAUUUGAGGACAAUCCAUUCAUUCUUCCAGAUUCUGAUGAAGAAAUAGAUAACACAUUGCUUUUUAAAGUAAAAGAGGAAAAAUCCUCAGUGAACAGAAGCACUCCUGGAUCAGCACGCAAAAAAAAGAGGCAGCACCGCAACAGUCAGGGAGAUGGGCGCCACCGCAAGCCCUCCACCUCCUCAUCCGUUUGCUCUUCUGAUUAUGAUCAAAAAGACUUGGAUGAAGCAUUUGAGAACAUGAGUUUUGAUGACCUGGAGGAGAGAAAGCAGUCUCCUGCAGGAGAAACCACAGAAUUAAAUAACAAAAAUGAAGUAACAAUUGAUAUGAGUGAAACUCUAUUCAAAAGCAAGAAAGAUGGCAUGACCCUUCCUGAAUCAAGCAAUUCUUCAUGGCAGAAAGUGACCAGAAAAAAGAGCACUUCUGGGCAGCCUCUGUCAGCCAAGUCUCCCGUCCAGUCUCCCAUAAAAGAACCUGUUUCUUUAGUCUUUCCUCAGUCUGUAAAAGCUACUCCACAACAAGGUCUUCAGGAUGCAGAUACAUGCCCAAACAUUGUCAGCAAGAUUACUCCUCCCAAGUUUCCAAGCCUUCAAGAAUCCUUAUCCACAGCACAGAAGACAUUUCUUAAUGGGAGAAGCAGCAAAAUGCCAAAGCUUUCUCAGAAGCAAAGAAAGAAGUUAGUGAGUGAGACUGCAAAAGCCCAGUCACCAACUGAGAAAGUUAAGGUGCCUCUUUGCCCUUGGGGUCCUUCUGCACCUGCCUGGGGAACAGAAGCAGACACAGAGGAUGUCAGUAAUGAUAGCAGUAGCUUAGCAGACAUCAUGAUGGCUGAGAUAACAAAAGUAAAGAGCAGUGCUCCAAUCAGAAUCCAACACAAGAAGAGUGUAGGAGGAACCACUGCCCAAAAUAGAUCAAGGAAUGAUGGAACUCCAACCAACAGCUUCAAGGACCAAGAAUCAACAGCCUGGUCUGCCAUCACUCCUUCUCCAACAUCUGUUAACAGCAGCCAAUUCAUCUCUAAUAAUUGCCAGCCAGCCAAUGACACCAUCAGCAGUGACUUUGUUGCUCCAAGUUUCACUCACAUUCUAAUGGAGGAAGAGACUCGCUCAGAUAACUUGAUAAGGGAACUCUCAAAGCCUCUGGCAGUGAUUCAGAUUGAAGAUCGUGCAAUUGAGGAACUUUUGGCUUUCUAUGGAGCAGGUGAAUGCUUUGAAGAAAGGAUCACUGUUUCCAGGGUUAGAGGAUCUGUAGCCAAUCCUACUUGGAGCAAAUGAGUGAUAUCAUAGCCCUACCACAUAUAAUUCUGCUCUUGUGAGACAGUGUGUUGCAUAAACAUGCUUGGUAAUUCUUUCAUACAGCAUUGGUCUAUUAAAACUGUACAGCUGCAAAAUCUUUGCUCUUGAUUCAAUUAUGAAUAUACUGUAUAUUUUCAUGUUAGCUUUAUGAUCUAGAUCAAAGAAUGAAGAAAUGUUACUUCAGUAAAAUGAACAUCAUUACCCAUAUAGGUGAAGCAUAUUUGAUGAAAUGAUUAAGAAUUGCAUACAGGGUGGUUUUCAAUGUGUUCAAUCAUCUGAUUAAUGUGUAAUGUUUAAGAUAUAUCACUGAACUUGUUAGUGCUGGUUUUUUAGGAGUGUUGACAUAACUAAAUGUCAUUAAGAAGCACCUUUUCAUUGCCAUGUUCUAUUACUCAUUAAUUAUCAGUGUGAUGCUAACAGUACAAUUCCUCAGUCCAGUGAUGUUUUGACAGGGAAAUGUUGGUAUGUUGACUAUGUUGUGACUUUGCACACCUAAUUAAUGUACAUCACCUCCACUGCUCUUCCAGACUAAUAUGUCAUGUUAUUUUUUUUAUUUAUUUAUUUUAUUUUUUUUUUUUCAUCAGUUAAGAACUAACCACAAUACUCAUAUGGUGGAGGCAGAAAGUUGGUAAUGUGAUGUGCAGGAUGACUUUUGCCUUUCCAUUUAUUCUCCUGAAGCUUUCUCUUCACCCACUCUAUCAAACUAAUGCAAGUAUUUUGUAUUAGGUUAUUCACACAUACUCAAGCAAAAUGUAGUCUGGAUGCAUGUAUUGCCUGAUAGAAAAAUGCAAUUAUCUUGCCACAGCAGAAUAAGGAAAAGCCAUUUAGUGCAUCAUUGAACCAACCUUUGAGUUCACUGUACAAAACUAGGAGAGUGAUAAAAUGGCAACAUACUGUACUGUAAUAUAUGGAGAAUAAA